AUGGGGGAUUUCAAUGCACAAAUUGGGGCUAGACAAAACAAUAGUGAGUACGUACUUGGCAAGUUCGGACAUGGAAAAAGAAGUCGCAACGGGCAGAAACUAGUUGAAUUUCUAAUGGAGCCUAACCUAUCAGCAUUAAAUACUAACUUUAAUAAGAACAAAUAUAAUAAAUGGACAUGGAUUUCCCCGGAUGGUUCUUAUAAAAACGAAAUUGAUUAUAUAAUAACCAACUACCCAAGAGCUUUCACCGACACUACUGUUAUAAGCAAUUUGAACUUUAACACAAACCAUCGUAUGGUACGCUGCUCUCUUAGAAAAUUCCAAACAAAAAUAUCUCGCAAUCAUAUUAAAAACAAUAUGAUUAAAUUGCCAAGUCAACCUUGCCUGAUGAAGUGCAACCCGUUCAAAGAAACAAACGAACAUAUAACAAGCGAUGAAAUAGAAACAACACUGAAAUAUGAUAUACUAGAAAACGAAUUACAAAGCUUGUAUAUCUCAAAAAAUAACGCACACAAACCUAAUAAGUAUCAACUAAGUGAGCAUACCUUACAACUAAUCGGAGAAAGAAAGGAGCUUAUAGCUAUCCAAGCAAAAAAAGAAAAUAUAAAGCUGGUUGCAGAUUUAAGCAAAAGAAUAAGAGAAAGUAUACGCAAAGAUCGCAAGGUCAAGAGGUUGAAAACAUUCGAGCACUACAUACAAAAAAAGGGGGGUGUGAAAAAAGCUCUGAAAGAACUGCGAGAAGUAGGCAAUGGAUAG